ACAUCUGCACGUAAUAAGCUACAUAUUCGCAUUCCCUCUCAAUCCUUGCUCAGAAGGAGAUCCCUUCAUCUGUUCAUCCUUCAGUAAGAAAUAAAGAGAGUCCUUCCUCCUCCAACCUGUACAACAUUCCUGCUCUUGCCUCCUCUUCUCAGAGAACUCUCUGAAGAAGGAAACAACAAAACCAAAACACCAAUCAACAAAAAAAGCAAAAGAGAGAGAGAGGAAACACAGAAGAUGAUCCCGUUCACAGAGCAAGAGAGUUCCAAGAUGAAGCACUCGGUGCUCUAGCUCUGCUUAGCUCCCGAGCAGUUCACUGAUGGCGGCAAUGGAGGCGCACGGGGACACGCGGAGGAGGGCCGGUGCCGGUGGAAGCAAGGUGGAAUCGGAGCAAAGGAAGCUACGGAGAAUCAAGUUACCUUCAUGGUCAUGUCCGCCGAAUCGACCACCAGGCACCUGAGCUGUCUCGGUGUCUGUUGUGUUCGUCUUCAAAACCCCUCUAUUCUUCCUCUCUCGAUUUGCCUCUUCCGCUCUUCCUCUGCUUUUCCUGUGAUUCUGUUAGAAGCUUCUGUUCCCAAGGGUUUCGCCGUUUCUGAGGUGAGAUCGAUCUUGGGAGAAGGUGUCUGAACUGUCUGGACCCUGCUCUUGGGAACCAGGGCUUCGGUCUCGCUGCUCCUUGUUUUUCCUGUUGGCUUCCGCUGUCUGCGCUUGUUUGCUCCUCUUCGGGCUUUGGAGCUUUGGAGCCUGCUCCUCCCCUGUCGCGUAGACCUGCGACAUUCCGGAGAACAAACAAGUGAGUUCUUGGCCCUUGUGCCUGUAAUAAAUCCUUGUCUCUGCCUGAUCCCUCGAAACCUCUUCCCGUGGCAGUUUGAGAAACCGUAUUCUAAACCCCUGGCUAGCACUUCACAUCGAUGGUUUCUCCGUAGCUGCUGCGAUUCCGUCCAGUCCCCGAUCAAUUGUACUUCCUUGAAUUAGGCUACUGGACCAUCGAUCUUGAUCGUUGCAGCCUUCUGUUGUGAGACGACAUGAACUGCGGUCCCUUCAGCGGUGCAGCGGGGCUCUACGAAGGGUUUUACGGCGGUUUCGGCGGCGGGCAUGGCCAUGAUCAUGGCUUUAACCAGCAGCUGGAAGCGUCGACGUUGUCGGCCCUGUUCGAUGGCGGCACGAGGCAGCUACACACGGCCGUCGACGUCACGGACGUCGUGCAGAAGAGGAAGGGAGGAGGCGAGCGAGACGAGAAGGCGGCUACGGCCCUGAGAAGCCACAGCGAGGCGGAGCGGCGGCGGAGGGAGAGGAUCAACGCCCACCUCGCCACGCUCCGGAGCAUGGUCCCCUGCACCGACAAGAUGGACAAGGCGGCGCUGCUCGCUGAGGUGAUAAACCACGUCAAGAAACUCAAGGCCGAGGCAGCGCGUAUCGGCAAGCACUGCCCCGUCCCCUCCGGCGCCGACGAGGUCACAGUCGUCGAGGUCGUCCAACAAUCACCGUCGCCCCACGCCACGACCACCCGCCACAACGGCCCCGUCCUCCUCGUCAAGGCGACGCUCAGCUGCGCGGACAGCUGCGCCGACCUCUUCGCCGACGUCAGGCGCGCGCUGCAGCCCCUCAAGCCGAGGGUCGUCGGGUCGGAGGUGACCACGCUGGGCGGGCGCGUCGGGCUCACCGUCCUCAUGACACGCGAGGGCGCCGUCACCGCGGCCUCGGUCCGGCAGGCGCUCGAGUCGGUGCUCGACAGGGUCGUCAGUUCCGCCGCCGCUCUGGACUUCGCGCCCAGGGACUCGCUUCUGUACAGCAAGCGACGGAGGGUCUCCACGUUCGAGUCCUCCAGCUCUUCUUCCUGACACCCUACUUGUAAUGGUUUCGAACUUUCGAUCACUCCUUCAGUUGCGCACGUUUUGUUGAUGAUUUUUCUUCCGUCGUGGUUGUGAAGGUAGUACGAGGCAAAAGUUCCACGUACCACACAUUAGUCAUCACAGUGGUUGGGUUGCUUAUCUUCAGUUUGCAAGGAUUACUACAUUUGUCUUCACACUGGCCUAGCAUUUCAGGCUUUUGAGUGCAGCUUAAAAUCUGUCGCUUUCUUCCA